AAAAAAAAAAAACACUAAAUUAUAAAUAAAAUUCGAAACGCCUUUUGAUUAAUAAAUUUAGGAAAAUUUAUUUAGAAAUUUUAAAAUUAAAUUAAUUAAAUUUCAGUAAAAAUGAAUAACAAUUUUAGCACAAUAAAUCCAAUUGAUAAAUGUUGGAUGCAAUGUUCAAUGUUACCUGAAGAUACAAGUCAAAAUAAUUUUUUUCAUCAACGUCCACAACAGCAGCAGCCUCAACAACAACAACCACAACCACAACAACAACAACAGCCUUGUAAUCAUCCUCAACAAGGUGCAUUCUUUCAAAAUCAACCAACUUGUCAGCCAGAUCAAUAUGCAAAUCAAAUGCCUCAACAUAUUGGCAUUCAACCAGUCACAAAUACUCUUCAGCAACCACCACAACAAUCUUGUAAUAUUCAAUCACCUCAGGGACAAUUAACCUGCUCAUUACCACCAAAUUUAAUUGAGCAAAUACGUGCCUACAUGCCAUCAACAUCAGGACCAAUAUUCAUCCUGCCAAAUAAUCCAAUUCAACAGCCUCAACAAGCUCUUCAACCUGUUGCACCAGUAUCAAAUUGUCCUGGCUUUAAUUAUCACUGUAAUUCAUCACAAUAUUGUUGUCCACCACCUUAUUAUCCAUGUCCAAUUCCUAUGCAAUUUAUAAAUCCAUUUUUAAUGACACAAUCAUCGACAAAAGAAUCAACAAAUUGUUCAUGUUGUCCUAAAAAAUCAACAGCAGCAAAAAAAUCAACAUCAAGUGAAUCAAAUGAACAACAAAAUCAUCAGUAUAUGGAUACAAGUGAAGAUGAUACAACAUGUAAUAAAAAAAAUUGUCCAGCUUCAAUAAAUCUUCAAGCUCUUGCAUCACAACUUUUAUCAAUUCAAGGUGUUAUAUCUUGUGCAGCAACAAGAUUAAUAUUACGUAAAAUACCAGGUUCAAAUAUAUUUGAUAAAGUUGAUGAUAUUAUUGAACGUGCUAAAAAUACAACAAAUACACUUAAUCAAGAACAAUUAAUAACUGAAAUACGUAAUUCACAACAAGUUAAUGCAUUAAUUAAUCUUCAUAUGACAGCAAGUCCAGUAGCAAGUGUUAUUCCAAUUUUAACAACAGUACAAUUAAAAAUUAAUUUAUUAAAAAAUCAUAUUGAUAAUUUAAUUAAUCGAAGACUUGCUGAAUGUCAAGGUGUAGGUGCUGAAGAUGGUGGACAAUUUGAUCCAUUAGUAUUAUGUUUAAAAAGUGAUGAAGAAUUACGUACAUUUCUAACAGCAUUACGACAAAAAGAAUGUAAUGAAAGAGUUAAUUAUAGCUUUUCACCAUAUAAUUCACAACGUGUUAUUGCUGAAACGAGACUACGUAAUAUUGAAAAUAAAAUAAAACAAAUUGAAAAAGAAAUGGAAAGACGAAGAGGUGCAAUAAUACCAAGAGGUAUGAGACAUAAUUUUAUUGAUAAUCAUUCAAAUAAUUGGCAUUGUUAUCCUGGUACAAUAAUUGGUUUUGAUUCAUUUGGAGGGGAAAAUAUAUUGAAAUCACAAACAUAUCAAUCACCAGAUCCAUUUCAGAUUGAUUUUACAAAUCCAAGAAGACUUAUAUUGAAGCCACAUGUUGGUAGUCCAGAAACAACAUACCAAGUUGAUGGACAACACAAAAAUGUUACGUUUAAUCAACAAAAAGAUGAUGAAAUUAUCCAACAAAAUAAAAUUCAAACUCAAGUUAAUGAUGCUAGUCCUGAUGAUCCUUGUACAUCUGGUGAAUCAAGGGAAAAUCAAACAAAAUCAAAUGAUUAAUCAAAUAAAUUUUACAAUUUCUUUGUUCUUUUUUUUAAUCAUAUAUUUGUGUCAUUUGAUUUUUAAUAUAAUAUAUAUUAAAUUUCUUACAAUAUACUGGAUUGAAUAUUAUCGGAAAAUUAAUGAUUGACUACUAAAUGGUUUUUUUUAUUUUUUUUUUUGUUAUUUUUCGCAGUCAGCAUAAUAAUACAUAACUCACCACUUUUUAAUACCAAAAAAUAAAUGAUAUUUUUUUGUUUAAAUUUACAAAAUUUACCCGUGACUCUGUGUUGAUUUAUUAAUUUCAAUAAAUUAUUUUUGAAAUUUUACAUUUUAAUUACGACGAUAAGUAUUGAUUAUUUUUUUUUUAAUUAUCGGACUUUGUGGUAAGUAAUUUUUAUAUCAAUCGUUAUAUAAAAAUCUAUAUUUAUAAUUUUUUUUUAAACCACAAUCACAACACAGAGUCAAAAAAAACAAUUUAUUUUAAUUUUGCCAUUUAUGUUUUUUAAGUUAAUAAUAUUUAUCAACUAAUUUAAUUCAUUUUUUUAAUGGACUUUGGAUAAAUAUAUCCAAAUUUAUUUUUUUAAUUGUGAUAUAUUAAUUGCUGAAAUAAUUUUUUACAUCAACAUUUUUUUUUCUUUAAAUCUCUAGUCAUUUUUCAACGGUUUUUUUUAUCUGGAAGAAAUAAAAGUUAAUAAUAAUUAUGUACGAAAAUAUUUACAUAUUAGAUUUACAAUAUUAGUCGUAGAUUUUUUUUUUUUUUUGCAUACAAUUUUCAUUAGUUUAUAAUCAAAUGGAAUUUUUCUUUUUUUUAAAUUUAUUUUGUCUUGAAUAAUUUAGUAUGCCUUAAAAGUAUUUCUACUAAUAAAUCUUUGAUAAAGAAAAUUUUAAAAAAAUCAUACAAAGUAUAAAUAUAUAUUCUUCCUAUUUUUUUUUAUGUUUUUUAAUAAUUUUAUAGGGAUGUUUGAACUAAGUGACAAAUGGAGUGGAAAUAAUUUCAAACAAGUAAACAAAAUGUUUUUUUUUUUUGAGCAUAAUAUCUAAUCUACUCCUCAAUCAUUAUCAUCAUUAAAAAUCUGUCGCAAUUGCAUCUGUAAACAUCCGUU